UCUCUUGUAACUAACUAGCACUAGCAGAACUUAUGUCAGUGAAAAUGAUUGAUUAAGUGCUAAUUGUGCGUUGGUAUAAAGGAUACUGAUUCUUUCGUUUUUGUUAGCAAGUCUAGUGUUAUUUAACACACCUAGUGUCCAUUGAAUUAUUGAGCAAAAUUGAAUUUGUCGCUAUGUUGGUGCGUUCUACAAAGAUCAAUUGUAUCUAGGAGUAAACAUGGCGGUCAACACUAAUGGGUGUUUACAUGGCUGGUGCGUUUUUCGUAAAUUAGAAUAGAAAGGCCGAUUAGUUGAGUGGAUUAGUUAAUCGAAAAUGGGCCCACCAGCGAUGCUGGUGAAGUGGUGAUGAACAUCCUGGGAGCUCUGAUUCCGUGCGGACUAGAGCGAGGUUGCUGGUCCAGUGAUGAGCGCAUGACUGGGAGAAUGGGAGCAGCGACUUCCACACCUCCAGGGGACACCCCUGCGCACCCUCCCCUCCACCCCUCCUCCACCUCCGACCAGCUGGCAGUAGUAGUCAGGGACAGAAAAAGGAUUAAAGUUGCUGGAUUUGCCACUCUCAGAAAAAAGUUUAUCAGAAAAAGGCGUUGCUCUAAAGCAAUGGACCAUGGUCGUGUCAUCAGAGAAGUGGUAUCAGACUGGAGUCCGCUGCAAGUGGCAGCACUGUUGGAGGAGUACGAGGCGUUAGCGAGCCUAAAAGACUUGUCAAUGCAGGCAGAGCUAGCACGACCUCCUGCUGCAACCUUCAAGCAAGACCUGUCAACUCUGUUUGACUUCAAGUAUUGCACAGACGUGGAUCUCAUCUUCAGAGGGGCCUGUUUCCCCGUCCAUCGCGCAAUACUUUCUGCCCGGUGUCCGUACUUCAGGGACCUGUUGGCCGGCUGUCCUGGGUACGGAGCCAGGAUAUGCCUGGAGCUGCGCACACCAGGAGUGGACGUGGAGAUGUUCUCAGCUCUGUUGAGAUACCUGUACACGGGGGACAUCAGUCCGCGGGAUGGCAACAUAGAUCUGGCACUGCUGCGGAGGCUGGGAGAGGAGUUUGGUACACCCAACCCUCUAGAGGCCGACCUGCGCUACCUGCUGGAGACUGGCGACUACGCGGACGCGGCUCUGGUGUUCACCUCGGACCACGGGGGUCACUCAGACUACCACCGGCCAGACUCGGCUAGUUCAGAGUAUGGGUUCAGACCCAAGCUAGAGUUACCGUGCCAUAAAGCCAUUCUGAGUGCCAGGUCUCCGUUCUUCCGCAACCUCAUACAGCGACGCACGCGAUCUGGCGAGGAUCACACUGAACGAGCACUGCACAUACCUACCAGGAUUGUGCUGGAUGAGAGUGUGAUCCCCAAGAGAUACGCCAGAGUGUUGCUACACGCUGUGUACCUGGACACUGUGGACCUGUCACUCAUAUUGAGAGGCAGCGGAUGUGGAACCAGCGCUGGCAGUCUAGGAGAGGUGGAAGCACUAACACAUACACGGCCCAGUCCCCUGGAGGAGGCCAUGGAGCUGUACCAGAUAGGCAGGUUUCUGGAGUUGGACAUCGUGUCCCAAGGCUGUGAGGACGUCAUACUGGAGUGGCUUACUAUAGAGUCUCUGCCUGGAGUGUUGAGGUGGGGCUCACAACCACACGGGUCGGCCUGGGUACACCGGCAGGCCAAGCACUUCCUGAGAGAGGAGUUUACCGCCAUCACCCAGUCCCCUGUGCUACACCAGUUGGACAAGGCACAUCUCAUAGAGGCUCUCAACUCUCACUUCCUACAGGCCAGUGAGCUCGAGGUGCUGCAAGCUGUGCUCAAGUGGGGGGAGCAGGAGUUGGUGAGGCGGAUGGAGGAUAGAGAGCCCAACCUGGUAAGUCACACGGCUCACUCAGUGACCAGGAAGGGAGUGAAGAAACGUGACUUGAGUGAUGUGGAGUUGAGAGAGAUACUGUCGGAGCUGCUGCCACUGGUGAGGAUGGACCAUGUAGCUCCUGCCAGCUCAGACUCUCUAGCCCAGGCCAUCAGGCGAGGGCUAGUGUCCACACCUCCCACUCACAUGAUCGGCUCAGACACCAGGGACAGUCUCCGACUCAACGCCUGGGUACGCACCAGCCCCAACAGCAACGGACUGUUUGUGCGGCCACGACUCUUCAUGCCUUACUACGAGGAGAUCAAGGCACUUGUGGAGGACCAGCUGGUACAAGAGGUGGAGCUGUUGAGACUGAGACGGGUCAGGUACAUACCAGACAUCCCAGACACCCUGUACAUGGUGCAGGACAAGCCUAGACCUCUGGGAGUAGACGUGCUGGCAGCGUCUAUACCUGUGCCUGACUCAGCCACUAUGACUGCCAUGCUGAAGAGAGAGCAGAAGUUGCGACAGUCACCGAGCUGUCAGAGAGCUCUUGCCUUGCCGUUGUCUUCCAGACAUGAGGUGUUACGUCAGAUCAGACUGCGUGUUGUGCGAGAGUUCAACUUGCCCGACCCAGUUGCCGAUCUGUUAGAGAACGCCGCGUGUUACUGUACAGAAGAGGAAGAGGAGGAAGCUGUUGGCGGAGGAAAUAGUGUAGGUUUAGAGAGGUACGGAGGGGCCAGUCGGGCAAUCUCAUACGCGAGAGUGGCGGCACCGCCAGGCCCCGGACCCCCACAUAGGCCUGACCUGGGUGAUCUCUACAGGAACCAUCCACCUACACAGUGCUGUGAUAAUGACGGACACCUGUCGGACAUCAUGCCUGACGUCGCCAUGGCAACAGCCUCCCUUAGUCAGCUGACACUACAAGAGGUGGAGUUGGAGCUGGACCUGGGUGACGGGGCUACACACGCCCACCUUCCCCCACCACCACUGAGACGGUACCAGCCUCCGCCGUAUCUACGGCCACAUCCCCCGCCACCGCACAGGUUCAUAUAGCAGUGGCACAGCUGCUGACUGCCUCAACAAGGUGAAAGAGCUCCAUCAACUGCCAAGGGAUGUAGCGCGCUAGUCUUUCAAGUAUUGUGCGCGCUAACGUAACGCUCUGCUCUGUACAUAUAUUUAUAAAUUGUUCUAUCGUAUAUAUAUGUUGUAUAGAUCAGAUAAUAUAUGCAAGAAUGUUACAAGUUGAGACCUUCGUUUCUGUUAAAUUCACGAUUGAUUUUAAUUUGUACUCAAUUAAAUGAUUUUUUGGAUGAUUUUUAAUCGAGGUCAUCUCUGAUCACCAGGUUCACUAUCUGUGAAUUUGUCCAUGGUUGUUAAUUUUACAGUUAUUGUGUAUAGGUCUGGUUCCUCACUCCGACACUCGCCCAACAACUGUACUGCACCAGGCCUGUGGCCUCAGUUACUGUGCUAUGAUUUGCGUAUUGUAGAAAGUAUUGUGUAUGACCAACAUUUCCAAAACCCCUGACACCUGGUAUUGGACUUAGUUCUGAGGUCACAUUAAAUUUGAUAAAGGAAGAAAAAAAAAUAAAUAAAUAGCCUAGUUACAAAGAUUGUUUUUUAAAAUUAAAUAUUGGCAAAGCUUUGGUAAUAUAAAGAAAUAUGAUAUUUCAGACUGAGAAGUAAAGCAGCUUAAACCUUUGCUAAACUAAGCAGGGUUUCUCAAGGCAGCUAUGUAGAGAUUGUUCUACACACCUAUAUCAUAGACUAACCGACUCAGACUUCUCAUCCCAAUGUAAAUUUUGAAGCUAGUUUUUUGUGUCUAGUUCAUGUUAGUAACACUGAUCGCUAGUGUCGACAAUUUUUUUUCUAUUUUAGGGUUAAUAUUAAGAUUUGUGCUUUACGGUUUGGUCAUAUAACUAGAGGAUGAGUUAUUGUUUAUUAUUAAAUGGUUUUAUUUGGUUAAACAAGAUUUUAAAUGACUGAAAUAACAAGACACAAAUUGUAAACAAAACAUGAUCCCUACAGUGCACCAGACGGAACUAACAAUAAAAUUGUCUUCAGCUGAUCCAUAAGGAUGAGAAAUCUAUUAAGGGAGGAUGUUUUUACUAUGCCUGUUUGCAGAUGAUUUUUAUUUUUUCAAAUUUUACAACGAUAAUUCUCUAUUAGUUUUAGAGAUUUUUUGCCAUAAUUGAUCUCCCAAAAACCUUUGCUUGGAUUUGCCUGUAAUUUCAACCAACUUGAUUUUAACCUAUUCUCUUGAACAACUUUAUUUAGAAAACACCUGAAGGUGUUGAGGGUAACAUUGGUUGCUAAUAGAAGUUUGCUAACCACAUUCAUGUUAAUAAAUGAUAAGAAUAUAGAUCGGUUACUAUCUCAUUUAAGCUCAGUAUAACAUUCAACUUAAUAAAUUUUAGUAUUAGUAUAGUUUAUCCCACUAUCAAACCGAACAUUUUAGCCAAUCACCAAUGUGACAAUGUUGUGACCUGGUUAGUCUGACCCUACCUUACCUAUCUAAAAUUAAAAAAUUAUAUGCGCUCAAUUGAAGGAACUUAUCAUUUGGAGAACUAUUCAAAUAAACCAUUUAAUAAUUAUUACUGUAGUAUUUGGCACCAAUUUAAUACAUACCAUAGGCUUCAAGAAAUGAACACAAAGGAAUUCUAAUAUGUAAUGAUGUAUUAAUGCUAAAAUGAUAUACAACUUGAAAAAAUAUAAAUCUUGUAGUGUCGUAUAAAAGUGUAAUAUUUUUAUAUAGAUUGAAGACUUUCCUAUUGUAAAAAAAGUAAACAUUUAUUUAAACAUCUUGUGGGAUUACUGUGCAUAAACAUAAUGUAGCUUGGUUUCUUGAAUAGCAAUUACAAGUCUUUGUGCAAUAAAUAUUUGUAUUGUUAACAACUGAAAAACAUCUCUAUGAUCAUAAUUAUUUUCUGCUUCAGAUUUACCAGCGUUUUUUUCUGUUUUAAUAAUUAUUAUACUAAUCAGUUGACUGUCUUUAGUUGAGAAGGUUUGAUUCAGAGAUUUUGUGCAAGUAUUUACUGCUCAAACUGAUUUAGUUUCUUCUUUGAUAGCCACUUCAACCAAGAGCUCAAGUCAAAUGUUCUGUUCCGUCGCAACACUCGUUCUGUAGAAGGUCUCUGUGUGUCGUAGUGAUGUGUUGACUUGUACCAUGGGACCCAAACUUUGUAUUGUAGUUCUUUCUGUAUCUAUUGUAAUUAUAUUGUACCAUAUUAUGCGUCAUAUAAAUAAUGUAUCGGUUUCGUGUCAUUGGCGUUAUAAGCCAAAGUGUUCAUCGUUGUUAGCGUUCACUUAUAUCAAUUAAGUUCUAUUGAAAUGGUUCGGCAAAGUGUUUUUGUUGCUGUUGAUCAUCGCUGCGAUUCUGAUCUGAAAAAGUUUAAUUGUUUAUGAUAGUUGUCAGCUUUACUUUCAUCUGGUUGAAUUUUAAUGUUGUGUUUGAAAUUUUGUCCUUGAUUUGCAAAACUUUUGAAACCUACAAAAGCACUUUGCCAUCUGAUUAUUAUUUGUUGUUGAAAUAUCAAACAGUGUACAGCUUUUUGUGAUUAGUGAUAGGACUGCAGAGAAGAUUAGCAUCGGUUGUGAUAAAAUAGUCUAUUAGAUUUAAGAGUACAUCUCACCUACACUAGUGUGUGUGAAGACCGGUGUUAAUCUUUCCUGGAGUCUUCAUUUGUUUGAAACAAAGUGUACAAAUUGUUGAUUUCCUCUCGACGUGCUUAGACACCGUUAUGGUAGAUCCAAUAGGGACAGGCGGUUGAAUAUUGUUGCUUAUUUAGUUGUUACGUUUUGUACUUUGUUAUUUUUUUAUUUCGGUUUUUCAUAUUCUUAGACUUUGUAAGAGAUAGGAAAGUAACAGAUACUAAUGUUGAAUAUAUGAAUCUUUAUUGUAAAAAUCGCUUUUAACGUUCUUUCAUUAGGUUUCACUACUAUUGGCAGUUGAGUACUAAUCAUUAAGGUUUUAUCAUGUUCCAUUUGAAAUAAUGACUGAUGUUAGUUUUUUUUUAUUAUUUCAUAAGUUUUUUCCUAGUUUACAAUUACAGUUAGUAUUUAAUUUAAACUUCCUAACAUUGAAGAGUUUGUGGUACUUGUACUGAUGUGAAAUGUUUUGUUAGACUAUAUAUUUGUUUUAAAUUGUUUCUUACCAAAACAUUGUUUCAAAUCCACACUAGUUCUGCAAUCAAUCAUAAAAAGUAGUUUGCUGACAGGUGUUUUUAAGAUUACAAAAUUUUAAGAUGACAGAAUUUUUAAAAAAAUGUGUGUGAUUUUUUUUAUAUAAAAUGCAAUAGGCCUUGGGUACUAGUAUUUCAUUUUGACUUGUUGAGUUACCAAAACAUUGUUUCAAAUCCACACUAGCUCUGCAAUCAAUCAUAAAAAAGUAGUUUGCUGAUAGGUGUUUUAAAGAUUACAAAAUUUUUUAAAAUAUGUGUGUGAUUUUUUUAUAUAAAAUGCAGUAGGCCUUGAGUACUAGCAUUUCAUUUUGACUUGUUGAGUUUCAAUGGAUUUUAAACUAUAAACUAUUAAAUAAACAUACAACAAGGUAAUUUUGGGGUUGGAAUUAUACUUUGAAUUCUUAUAAAAUAAUGAGGUGUAUAACUGGCUGGAUAGCUGAGUGGUAAUAGUGCUCACAUAACAAACAAAGGCUCGCCAAAUCCAUCUUGACAAAAGUCAGUAGCUUUUUGAUUGUUUGAAACUGAACCCAUCUGUUCCUGAUAAUUGGGUUUUAACAGCUGAUCUUAGUUACAAAGCUGCACAGAUCAUCUCACACCAUUCUACACUCGUCCUUCACUCAUAUUUGGGUUAAAUUACGCUCAUAGCUUGUGUCUCCAUCUCAAUAAUUGAUAACGAUUAUGGGAUGGUUGAUAAAAUCAGUGCUUUGCAGGAAGGAAUCAAAUGUGACAUUCCCUCUUCCCUGCCAAUGUCUGUGAAUGAAUUUAUUUUAUUUCUUUAUCUUAGAUUCCCAGAGGUUGUUUUAACAUCCCUUGCCCAGUUUUGUAUCCACUAGCCUGGACCUACUGCAUGUUUUCUGUAAAAAUUAACUCUGCUGUACAGUAGACUCCCUCUUAUCCAGACUCCACGGGACCGAGGCCAGCCCGGAUGACAGUUUUUCCGGUUAAACCGACAUCCACGAAAACACGUUAAAACGAACCGUUUAAAUGCACACUGUAUACAGUAUUUGACUUAAAUUUAGGAGAGCAUUGUAUUUAGACACAUAAUCACUGGUCGCAAAUCUUUCCCACGAGAACAGUCGUUUCAGUACCGCUCUCUUCCUGCCAAUCUAGUCCGGUUAAACCGAUGUGCUGAUAAACAUUGUCCGGAUAAGAGGGAGUCUACUGUAGUUUAAGUGAAAUUCAAUAUCUGUAGAUAAUUUUUUAUUUCAUAUAACUAAACUUUUUAACAAGUACAGUAGGUGUUACAAGCUUUCUAAUCUACUUAUAACUGAUUCCAACUGUGGCUUCUUAAAACUUAAAUAAAGAUAGACAAAAAAAUCACGAUAACAAACUGAAAAAUAAGUUAAUAAUUUUAUCACCAUACUGUUUUGAAACAAAGUGGAAUAUAACAUCAUUGAACUUAUAGCAUGCUGUCACAAAUGGGUUUACAGUAUUACGUUUAACUUUGAUGGUAUGAAAUAUUAAAAUUUUAAUUUUUGUCUAAAUCCAUUUUAUGAAUUGUGAAUGAAAAUGUAUUUUCUUAUAAUGAAUGAUCAUUGAUCUGCUAAUGUAGUAUUUUUUUAUCAUUGUUUGUUUUUAUGAAACUCAUAUUUUACCAAUAUGAAUGAGCUAUGUAUUUUAUGAGUAAAAUUUGUUUAAAAGUAAAUCAUACAAGCUUUUACAUUUUUAUUUUAUUCAAUUUUCCCUACAAUGGCUAAAUCAAUAAUUUUUCACAUACUUCUCAACAACCUCACACUCUUACUGUUGCCAUACUCUAUGAGAUUUUUGUUUGUUUUACUAAAUGUAUUACUUUGUUUGUAUAAUUAAUGUAACAUAAAGUUAUUUAUUUUUUUAGACAGGUUCGUAGAUCUCGAGAUAAUGUCGCUUUUGCUUGUAAACUGUAUCGCAAUCAUUUACCGUAUAUAGAGUAUUUCAUACUAUGCUUAUAUAAUAUUGUACUUUUUGAUGAAUUUCAAAGACUUAGGAGGAGAACAAAUAAUGUAAAAAGCAUAUUAUCAGGCUGUGGUGGAUGUUGUUAACUUUUGUAUAUUUAAUUCUAUACUGUGUUGGUCUUGGUUCGUCAAAGUACUUAAGUUGAUUCUUGUUUAGUACUUCGCAUUCAGUUGUUUUCGUCAGCUAAAUAUCAAAUGUGUAUAAUAAAGUUAUACUUUUUUGUAAAA